AUGGAGGAAACAACAGGUUAUAGAUUGACUCUUUGCCUACAAAAGCUCAGUGAUGCAGAGUUCCUGAAAUUUAAAGAGCUGCUCAGGAAUGCGCCAGAGAAACAUAAACUCAAGCCAAUCCCCUGGACUACAAUUAAGAGGACUUCAAGAAAAGACAUGGAAAUGCUGUUAAACACACAUUAUCCAGAAAGGGUCUGGGGCAUAUCGUUGAGACUGUUUCUAGACAUCAAUAGGGAAGACCUCUGGAUUAUGACUCAGGAGCUGAAAAGAGAUAAACAACGUCCAUACAAAGAGACGAUGAAGACUAUAUUUAAAUACAUAUGGACCCAGGAGAACUACAUUCAUUUUCAAAAUGAAGAAUACCAAGUAAUUAUAAAAAAGCAGUACAGUGCAUUGCAAGAAACAUUUGAUCAUCAGUUAAAGCCAGUUACUGCAGUCGUCUUGGGUAACAUCGGAGAAGGCAAAAGCACUUUCUUAAGAAAAGCAAUGUUGGAUUGGGCAUCAGGAAACUUAUGGCAGAACAGAUUUCAGUAUGUUUUCUUUUUCUCUCUCAUUUCACUUAAUAACAUCACAGAGUUAAGCUUAGCUCAGCUCCUCUUAAGUAAGUUGUCAGAAUCCUCAGAGGCACUGGAUGAUAUCUUAUCCAAUCCCAAGAGAAUCUUGUUUAUCCUGGAGGGAUUUGAUUACCUAAAUUUCGACUUGGAACUCCGGACCAACUUGUGCAGUGAUUGGAGGAAGCAUUUGCCAACACAAAUUGUCUUGGGCAGUUUGCUACAGAAAGUAAUGCUCCCAGAAUCCUCUCUGCUUCUUGAAUUGGGACCCCAAAGUGAGCCAAAAAUCUAUCCUUUGCUGCAGUACCCAAAGAACAUAAUUAUUGGAGGAUUUAACUCAGCUAUGCAGUUAUAUUGUAUGCUUUUCUUCAAUAUUGAUAAAGGCUUAGAAGUCUUUAAGUAUAUACAAACCAGUAAACCAUUGUUCUCUCUAUGCAGCAAUCCUUAUGCUUGCUGGAUGGUCUGUAGUACUUUAAAACAGCAGUGUGACAGGGGAGAUCGAAUAAUCUUACCUUUAGGAACAGAUACAAUUCUGUACACAAUGUUUAUGUUGAGCUCAUUCAGAUCAGUGUAUGCCAACUGUUCAUCUAAAGAGAACAGAGCCCGAUUAAAGACCCUUUGUACCUUGGCUGUGGAGGGAAUGUGGAAACGGGUAUUUGUGUUUAACUCUGAGGAUCUCAGGAGGAAUAGGAUAUGUGAAUCUGAGCAGACGGUGUGGCUGCAAGUGAAUUUUCUCAAUACUCGUGGAGACUGCUUCGUGUUUUACAAUCCUGCACUACAGUGGUAUUUUGCUGCUCUAUUCUAUUUCCUCAGAGAAGACAAAGACAAACCUCACCCCAUCAUUGGAAGCCUACCCCAACUUCUAAAAGAAAUUUAUGCUUGUGGUGAAACCCAAUGGUCUAUGACUGGGAUAUUUGUGUUUGGAAUCGCCACUGAAAUAGUUGCUGCCAUGCUAAAACCACACUUUGGUUUUAUACCAUCAAAGGAGGUGAGACAGGAAAUCCUCAAAUGCUUUAGAAGUUUGGGUCAAGGGGAUUGUAGUGGGAAACUGAGUCCCCAGCGGUUAUUUGAUGGCCUUCUUGAUAGCCAGGAAGAACCAUUUGAAACACAAGUCUUGGAUCUAUUUGAAGAAAUGACUAUUGAUAUUAGUAGUACUGAUGAAUUGUCACUGGCUAAAAUCUAUCUGCUGAAAUCUCAAAAAUUAAAGAAACUUCAUCUGCAUAUACAACACAGAAUUUUUUCAGAAAUCUAUAACCCAGAAGAGGGUGACUUAGAAGAAUUUACACAAGAGAAGACGAAAAUAAAGAAAGAAUGGAGUGAGUUAUGCAGAAUUUUCCAGAACUUGCAGGUGUUAGAUCUGGACAGCUGUAAUUUCAGUGAAACUGCGAUUCAGGAUCUUUGUUCUUCCAUGUCUCCACCUCUUAUGAUGCCUCUGAAUGCAUUUAAGCUCCAAAGAAUGUCCUGUUCCUUCAUGACUAACUUUGGAAAUGGUGCAUUAUUUCCCACACUUCUUCGACUACCUCACCUGAAAUCCCUGAAUCUCUAUGGCACUAAUCUCUCCAGUGAUGUGGUUGAGAAUAUGUGCUCUGUGCUGAAAUGCCCAACAUGCAGAGUGGAGGAGCUGCUGUUGGGGAACUGUGACAUCUCCAGUGAGGCUUGUGGUGUAAUUGCUACUUCCCUAACCAAAUGCAAGGUGAAACAUCUAUCAUUGGUUGAAAAUCCCUUGAAGAAUGAAGGAGUGAUGCUACUGUGCCAAAUUCUGAAGCAUCCAAGCUGUGUGCUGAAAACACUGAUGUUGUCAUAUUGCUGUCUCACCUUCAUUGCCUGUGGCCAUCUCUAUGAAGCUCUUUUGUGCAACAGAUCCCUCUCUCUCCUUGACCUGGGCUCCAAUUUCCUGGAAGAUACUGGAGUAAAUAUUCUGUGUGAAGCUUUGAAAGACCCAACAUGCUGCCUGCAGGAGUUAUGGUUGUCUGGUUGCUAUCUCACUACAGCCUGCUGUGAGGGGAUCUCUGCUGUCCUUUUGAGAAAUAAAAAUCUAAAAACCCUGAAACUGGGCAACAAUAGCAUACAAGACACGGGCGUCCAACAGCUAUGUGAAGCUCUGAGGAAUCCUGAAUGUAAAUUACAGUGUCUUGGGUUAGACAUGUGUGAGUUCACCACUGGCUCUUGUGCAGACCUUGCCUUGGCUCUCACCAAAUGCAAAACCCUGACCAGCCUGAACCUGGACUGGAUGACCUUUGACCCUGAUGGGCUAGAGCUGCUGUGUGAGGCUUUGAAUCACAAAGCAUGUAACUUGAAGGUGCUGGGACUGGACAAAUCUGCAUCUUCUAAGGAAUCACAGAUGCUACUGGAAGGUGUGGAAAAGAAAAAUCUGAUUAUUUUGCAUUAUCCCUGGAUCAAUGAGGAAAGGAAGAAGAGGGGGGUUUGUCUGGUGUGGAACAGCAAGAAUUGA